AGAUUUGUUUUGCGACAACUUCCCAGGCCCAUUCCGACUCCAGGCUCCCUCUUCACAGACGAUAGCGACACGCCCACAAUGUCUGACUACCGCUACGGCACCCAGUCGGAUGCCUAUGCCGCUGACCACGGCCAUGCCCUGCGCCCCAAUGGCAUCGAGAAGGACUCUAAGUUGGGCAACACCUACUCAGGGUCUGGAGACGAUGUUGCUGGCCCCAGCGAUCCAGAUGGUCUCCUCGCUGCCAUGGGCUACAAGGCCGAACUGGUGCGAUCAAGAUCAACUGCCCAAGUUGCCUUCAUGUCCUUCGUUCUGGCUUCCGUCCCUUACGGUUUGGCAACCACCUUUUACUAUCCCGUAGUUGGUGGCGGUCCUACCAACAUCAUCUGGGGCUGGCUCGCCGUAUCCCUCAUCAUCCUCGCCGUUGCCGCUUCCCUCGGCGAGAUUACCAGUGUUUACCCCACUAGUGGCGGUGUCUACUACCAAACCUUCAUGAUUACGCCUCCCGCUUACCGCAAAAUCGCCUCGUGGAUAUGUGGUUGGUGUUUCGUAGUCGGCAACAUUACCAUUACUCUUUCAGUCAACUUUGCUACAGCCCUCUUCGUCGUGGCAUGCGCCAAUGUCUACGAAUCCUCUCCAGGUGUUGGUGUACUGGCAGGCGAGCCCUAUCAAGUUUUCCUCAUCUUCCUUGCCAUCACCCUCCUCUGCAACUGCGUGUCUGCCUUUGGCAACAAGUACUUGCCCUGGCUCGAUACCUUUGCCAUUUUCUGGACCUUUGCUGGUGUGAUUGCCAUUGUCAUAUGCGUCCUUGCCAUUGCGAAGAAUGGUCGCCGAAGCGCCGAAUACGUCUUUACUGAAUUCGAUCCCUCUAACUCUGGAUGGGUCCCCGGGUGGUCUUUCAUGGUCGGACUCCUCCACGCUGCCUACGCAACCUCCUCCACUGGAAUGAUCGUCUCGAUGUGUGAAGAAGUCAGAGAGCCAGCCACCCAGGUCCCCAAGGCCAUGGUCGCUACCGUUGCAUUGAACACUAUCUGCGGCCUUGUCUUCCUCAUCCCUCUCGUAUUCGUCCUCCCCAACCAGGCCGACCUCGCAGCUCUGGUUUCUGGACAGCCCGUACCCGUCAUUAUCAAGAGCGCAGUAGGAUCUUCUGGUGGAACUAUUGGACUGCUCGUUCCCCUCCUUGUCCUAGGACUGAUUUGCGGUAUCGGAUGCACGACUGCUGCAUCCCGUGCUACCUGGGCCUUCUCUCGUGAUGGCGCUAUCCCAGGCUACAAGCUGUGGAGGACUGUCAACACCAAGCUUGAUGUCCCGCUCAACGCUAUGAUGCUCAGCAUGGGAAUCCAGAUCAUCCUUGGUGUUAUCUAUUUCGGUGCCGCCGCCGCUUUCAAUGCCUUCUCUGGUGUUGGUGUCAUUUGCUUGACAUUGAGCUAUGCAGCCCCUAUCCUGGUCUCCCUCCUUACCGGCCGCAAGCAAGUCAAGACUGGAGAAUUCCACCUCGGAGUGCUCGGUACCUUCUGCAACGUUGUCGCUCUUGCCUGGUCCGCCCUUGCCACUCCUCUCUUCUGCAUGCCCACUUUCCGCGAAGUCACCCCCGCAACCAUGAACUACGCUUCCGUUGUGCUUGCCGCCGUCGUUGUCAUCUCAACCAUCUGGUAUUUCGUCUGGGGCAAGAAGAACUACGAGGGACCCCCAACGCACGAGGACGCUAUUCUUGAGGCUAGGAGAGCCAGCAUGGCAAGUCGCUAAGAGAGAUGCUCUAAUGUGUACGAUGAUAGCAUCACGCCAAAGAAGAGUGAAAGAGGACGAAACUGCAUGAGUUGUUGUCCUCUAGUCUUGUCUUUGCAAUGAGAUACUGAGCGCAUUCUUUGUAUAAGACGCUAUUGUUGUUUUUUCUCAGUAAUGCAGUCUUGAUACCCCCUCGAUUUCCUGUACAUACUACACAGCCUCCUUUCCUCACCACUAAGCACUAGCGACAAUGCAGUACGUAGGAUUCUGAUUUAGUAGUAUUGUGAAAGAAGUUUCCCCCAUAUUGCCGAGAGUAGCACCGCAACUGCAACAUUC